AUGGCUGCCCUGACCAAGGUGACAGCUACUGCUGUCUCGAAGCAGCAGCCACAACAAACUCCCUAUCAGCUCGACCCUGACCAGACUCUCAAAGCCUCCCGAGCCUUGCUCCAGCACAUCCAGUCAGAAACCAAGCGUCUACAGCAGGCAUCGUCAAAAAAGAGUCUGCUGGCUGCCAGCGGCUCCGAUUCUGAGGACGAUGCCAAUGAUGACACAACGGCGCCGAUUUGGCUCACCCUCACUACCAAACAACAUAUCGUCGACAAGAAUCGUCUGAAGCCCAGCAAAAUUGCUGUCCCACACUCACUCAACACAUCCCCAGACCUUCGGAUAUGUCUCAUCACCACCGAUCCCCAAAGAGCAGUGAAAAACGUGGUGGCUGACCCUACAUUUCCCGACCAUCUCAAGUCUCGCAUCACUCGAAUCAUCGGAUGCACGAAGCUCAAGGCGAGGUACAAGACAUUUGAACAACUGAGAGAGCUCCUCUCUGAACAUGACAUCUUCCUCGCCGACGACCGGAUAGUCACCCGCUUACCAGGAAUCCUGGGCAAAGUCUUCUACAAGGGAACCUCCAAAAGGCCCAUCCCUAUCGUGAUUGCGGACACGAGGAAAGACAAGGCGAACAAGUCUAAAAAAUCAAAGGAAGACGGCGCUUCUGCUCCCACAUCACCGCUAGCCCUGGCCAAAGAAAUUGAAAAAGCGAUCAAUGCUGUUCCUGUCAGUCUCCGACCCGGUACGCUUGUGGCCGUCCGCGCUGGUCUUGCCUCAUUCAAGCCCGAGCAGCUGUCAGAAAAUAUUUCAACCAUUGUCUCAAAGUUGAUUGAGAAGCACGUUGUCAAAGGAUGGAGGAACGUAAGAGGCAUCCACAUAAAAGGUCAAUCCUCAUUCGCAGUGCCAAUAUGGUUGGCGGACGACCUGUGGACCGAGAAUGAUGAUAUAAUCGCUGGUGAAAACGGGAUUGAAUCUUUAGAAGAUGAAGUUCAGCAAGGACAGAAGCGAAAGAGAAAUGUGGCAAGUACAAAGGGACCCCAGGCUGGUUCUCGGAAACGUCUAAAGGACGACGCAGGAAAGAAUGGAACGUCCACGGCUGAUCAGGAAGCCGCACGUGCACGGAAAAGCAAGUUGGCUGCCCAAAAAGCGAAGGUGUUUGAGGAACAAGUUUAA